GCAGGAAAAUUCAUUAGCAUCGAAUAUUUUUCCGUCAUACUACUAUGACCAUGGGCUACAAGUGUGUCAAGUUUGAAAUCAAAAUUCGAAAGUCGGAUUUUGCUCGAAAUUCAAGCUCUAUAGGCAAAAACUGACUAAAAAUUCAGUAUCUCAGCAACAAAGUACCAUGGGCACAAAUCAACUUAGGGUAUUUCACUACUUACUGAGAUCUACAAGAUAAAAGUAGUCUGAGUUCAAAAGCGAUUUACAACCUCAAGAAGUUCCCUCGUUGCAGGAAAGAGCUGACUCCGGACGAAGCAUAACAUUAGUAUUUAUUACAUUGUUUUAGUGGAAUUAAUCCACACAAAAACAUUUUUAAUAACCUAAUGCUGUAAGUCAUAUACAGUCCCCUCAUCAACGCACAGUAAAAAAAAAGCGUCCAAAAGUUAACGCUUUUUAGUGGGCGGUUUUUUCGUCACAUCUUGGGAUGCUUUUUUGCUAGACGGUUUUUUUUUGGACGAAUUUUUUAGUAUGUUUUUUUUGUUAGAUGGAAAAACAAAAUUUGAAAAGAUUUCCAAAUAAUAUUGCACUUUGGAAGCACGCCUGAUCUGCUGGAUCGAUCCACUAUCGCAGGAAAUCAGCCGUUUCUGAGAUAAGCUAGUGCAGUGAAACGAGUCAUCUAUGCAGUAUGCACUUAAAUACUAUACUUGGACGAAUUUUUGUGGACUCAUUUUUGUCGAUGCUUUUUUUAGUAUACUUUUCGUGGACGUUUUCUAGUGGGCGCUUUUUUCGACGCUUUUUUUUACCGUGCGGUUUGUAAGAGUUCCUAGCAUCAAGUUGCUCGGAAUUUCCUUGUAAAAUCUAUCAGAUAUGUCGCUCUCCAAGGUAUUUUAUUAAUAAGACACAGUUGAUGACACAUUUUUUACAGUACGGUGUAACAUAAUAGAAAACAAUAUUGUCUUGGUCUGACAAGUGUCUUUAAUUUUAUUAAGGUGCCCAUUUUCUCGUCAAGCACCCGUGUAAAAGAAUAAAGUUUAUCUGUAGCAUAGUGUCUCUAAAAACGUUUCUAACUUUGACAGAUUGCUAGACCUAUUCUGCAAGCUCUAAGAGAACCUGAUCUCUAUAGUCUCUUUUAUUGCAUGCUACUUGAUCGAGUAAAUAUUACCAAAUUUGUUUCUUUCUCUCCUCAUGCAAGUGUUCGACGGUAAAUCGACUAGUAGGCGUUCCAUUUUCCAAUGGGUAGAAUAGUCAGUAAUCCGUCGAAACUGGUCCGAUCCGAGUAUUUUCAACCAGUCGACAAAGAACUUUGAUUAGUCGAAUAGUAGUCGGAAAAAAAUCUGUCUAGUUGAAAUAUCCGCCGACCGAAAUUUUUUAUAUACUUGGAUCUCUCUCUGGUUUACUGUCAGUUCGUCCGUCCCAACUAAUUCGUCCUAGAAUUUUUUUUCUCAGUUCGUCCCAUCAACACUUCUCUCUCAAUCCGUCUCAUUUUAGUUUACACUUAAUUAGCUUUAAUAUAACUGUCCGUACCUCUUGCGUACGAUGAUAAAUAUGUAUAUAUAACAGCAAUAUCAACGAGGACUUUGGCGGUAUCUGGUUUGCAUGUGUGUACUGAUUCAUUCCGUAAAAUUCUCACAUCGUCUGUACAUAAUGAUAUUAUGUUUGAACAUGUUCGAUCCCGGCACCUCCAUUGAUUAUUGUUUUGUUCGCUCGUUUUUUAGUGUAUUGAUACCCAUUAUGAUUCAAAACUCGUUUGUCUUAUUCAGUAGACGUGAAAAUUGACAUUUUGAUGAACAAGACAGUUUAAUUUAUUUAGAUUUAAAUUUGUGAUAGCAGUGACUAACCUAACACGGCACAUUUUGCCACGUACGCGCAUCUAGUAUUGCCUACAAUAUCCACCGUCGCCGUCUAAACUGUUAGAUAGUAAAACACUUUAUUUAUUUUGAGGCGCGACCAUAGAUAUCUGGGACGAAUUGAGAAAAAAAGCUUCAUGGGACGAAGUGAGAAGUCAAUUUGGGACGAACCGAGAGGACAUCUUCUCUCUCUCAGAUUGUUGCUAAAAUCAUUUCUGUUUAGUUCAUUGUCCUAACCUAGCAGAUCUCUUCGCAUGUCAAAUAAAAAAGCUAAUUGCGUUUCUUUACCGAAAAAUAAUCAUAUCUUUCUUUUCUAUCUGUUCGUAUAUCUAGUUCAAUUUCGUGGGCAGAAUAUUAGGUCCACGUGGCAUGACUGCAAAACAAUUAGAAACAGAUACAGGAUGUAAAAUAAUGGUACGAGGGCGAGGUUCAAUGAGAGAUAAGCAUAAGGAAGAACAAAAUCGCGGUAAACCAAAUUGGGAACAUUUAGAUGAAGAACUUCACGUUUUAAUACAAUGUGAAGAUCAUGAAAAUCGUGCACUUGUCAAGUUGGAACGAGCGAAAGAAGAGAUUAUUAAACUUUUGAAACCAGCCGCAGAAGGUGAAGAUGAUUUGAAAAAGAAACAACUAAUGGAAUUGGCCAUUAUUAAUGGUACAUAUCGUGAACCAAGUUUAUUUCAAAAAAAACUUCAAAUACAAUUUCCAAAUAAUCGUAUGCAGAUAGGCGCACCACUAAUAUUGACUCAGCGUAUUCAACAAAAUAUAUUGGCUGCUCAAUUAUCAGCAGCAGCUAAUGUCUCACAGGGUGGUCACGCUAUGUUUACAACGUCACCUGCCCAUCAACAACAACAAACCCUAACAGCCACACAAGCUAUGCCACAAGGUUCACUUAUUCAAACAGCAAAUGGUGAACAAAAUUUUGUCCAUUUAUUUACGCCGCUUCAAUCAUUAGAUCAAGUAGCUCUAUCCGGUGCACAGUUAUUCGAAUAUCAACCGACACAUAUUGAUCCAAGUCAGACAGCAUUUCCAUUUCUAACAACACCAGCAGGUGCCAGUAUUAGCAGGGCUCCAACAGCCACUUCAGCUCGAUAUCAACCGUAUUCGACGGUUGCUCAACGAACAAAUCGGACAUGA